AUGGAGGCCUUCCAAAUCUGCCCAGUGACUAACUACUACGAAAGGAUCCUUCUACCAGUGUCCUACAGCCUUGUGUUUCUGCUGGGCUUGGGUUUGAACUGUGCCCUGCUGUGGCGUGUGUGCUGUCGGACGCGCCGCUGGAGCAGCACGGAGAUCUACAUGACCAACCUCGCCGUGGCGGAUCUCCUCUACGUGCUGGCCUUGCCCCCUCUCAUCAUCAGCAAUUCCAUGAGCGGCCUGUGGCCUUUCGGCAACAUCAUCUGCAAAACAGUCAGAUUUUUCUUUUUUGUCAACCUUCACUGUAGCAUGAUGUUUCUCACCUGCGUCAGCGUGCACCGUUUCCUUGGGGUGUGCUUCCCUAUCGUCGCUGUGCGCCUCAGGACUAAAAAACUUGCCCUCUUUGCGUCGGGCUCUGUUUGGAUCCUGGCCACCGCUGAGAUAUUACCGACACUGGUCUUUGCGCACACGGGUGUGAUUAACAACAUGACUGUGUGCUUUGAAAUGACAAACCCUGGACAAUUUAAGGUUUACUUCCCCUAUGGGCUGUUUUUAGCUAUAGUGGGUUUUCUGAUACCAUUCAUGGUCGUUAUCACCUGCUACUUCUCCAUUAUGAAGGUGCUUUAUUGUAGGGCCGCGGACAGCAUCUCUAAUGCCAGGAUAGCUCGUAUGCGCAACAAGUCCCUGUACACCCUCUUAAUUGUGUUCCUCAUGUUUGUGGUAUGUUUUGUGCCAUAUCACAUUAUUCGGACCGUCUACUUGUUUGUGAGGGUCUACAUGCCCGGAGACUGUCGUCUUCUGAACGUGGUCAUGAUCUCCUUCAAUGUCUGUAAGCCCCUGGUCAGUUUUAACUGCUGCGCAAACCCUCUCCUCUACUUUUUGGGCACUGAUCGUCACCGUCAGAAGCUGCGGGCCUGUUGGUGGAGGAGGAAGAAGAGAGUGCAACCCAGCGUGUGUCUGGUGGAUGUAGGCAGCCUAAACAGGAGCGCAGGGUAG